GUGUAUUGUCUGUUCCUGACACAUACAUAUCAAAACAAAAGUGAUUUUCUUAACUUUUAAGUUGUGAGCGAAAUGAUCAAUUAUAUUGGGUAAAGGGGGUUUAUCAUGAAAAAAUGGUCUUGUGUUUGAAAGUACUUAAUUAACUUGGUUUGAGAAGGUGUACACACAUCAUCAUAUGAUACAGAGACUUAAAGUGCGAUGAAGAGGGUUUAUUAUGAAGAAAAAUGGUCUUGUGUUUGAAAGUUUUAUUUAACUUGGCUUGACAGCUGAGCUAAGAACCUUUCUUUCCAAGAUCAAGGGCAACUGUUUCAAUCAAUUUAUAAGUGGGAGUUCAUGGUUGGUUGGAAUCAACAUGAGUGUCUAGCUUUAUAGCAUUACCAAUAUAAAGUUAAUUUAGGAACCUUAAAUAUUUUGAGAACCCCGUUAACCAACAAUGCAUGAUGAAUAUAGCUAAAUACAAGCAUUUUCAUUAUUCAUGAUAUCCGUUAUGAAUAAUUCACGAACAGUUAAUUCUCACGGUUCUCAAAAUACUUAUGUUUCUCAAAUGAAUUUACCCCUUCAAAUAUAGCACUCCCACUUUCUUUUAAGAAAGGCAUGUCCCAGCUCCAUAAACUAUUUGCUUUUUGUUAUGAGUUUGUUUGUAAUCCACACUAUGCUAGAAGUUGUAGUUUGUGAUGCCUGGUAUGUUAUUGUUGAUCGAGCUUUUGGUGUUCUAGAAUUUCAGUUCUUCCCGAGUAGUUGGAUCUACAUAUCACCAAAGCUUUCUGUGGAUGUGGGGAAUCAACACAUGGACUUGAAUGCCUCUCCUUUACCAGAGGAAGAUGACUCGAUACGUUCAGAUACUGUAAAAACUCAGUUCGCUGGACAAGAAAGAUUGACCGGCCUUCAGACCAUGGACCAAGAUAGAAGGAAUGGGGGAUCAAAAAGAAGAUAUGUGGAUGUGGACCCAAUGCAUAUGUCCCAGCCAUCCAAGCGUAGUCAGGGAUUCCAAAGUAGAGACAAUGAAUUCUAUGACCGGAAUAGCCUUCCCCCAGGUUGGUUGGACUGCCCUCCAUAUGGGGAUGCAGUCAGUUUUCUUAUACCUUCAAAAGUCCCUCUCGGUGAGUCUUUCAAUGACAAGGUUACUUCUGAUAAAAGAUACUCCCCUCAACAAGCGAUUCGUCAGCAACGGCGUUUAGGGAGAGAACUAGGUUUAGUAAUAGAUCUAACAAACACUAAUCGGUACUAUCGCGAGUCAGAUUGGACGAAAGAAGGUAUUGAAUAUGUUAAGAUCAGGUGCGCAGGAAGGGAUGCAGUGCCUGAUAAUGAGGCUGUCGAAAAUUUUAUGCAGGAGGUGACCCGGUUCAAUUCCCAACAUGCUCAUUCAAAUAAGUAUGUCUUUGUCCAUUGUACACAUGGCCAUAAUCGGACAGGAUAUAUGAUUGUUCAUUUUCUUAUACGGGCAGAAUCACUUUCCGUCACGGAGGCGAUAAAUAGAUUUUCUGAAGCACGUCCUCCAGGGAUUUACAAACAAGAUUACAUUGAUGAUCUAUACGAUAUUUUCGGUGAACAAAAGCCUAUAACUUGUGUCUGCCCACAAACCCCAGAAUGGAAGAGGUCACCUGAUCGGGAUGAUGAUGCAACUGCUGGUUUACAGGACAAUGACGUGCAAGCAGGCCAGAUGACAAAUUUGUUCGGUGAAAGUGAGAUGGAAAAUGCCAUGGGAGCAGGUGAGGUUGCAAAUGCUAUGGUACCAAGCGAGAUGACAAAUGAUGAUAUAUUGGGAGAUAAUGUGCCAUAUAAUCAGAUAGAGACAAUGAGGCAGUUCUGCAAUCAAGCUCUUAAGUUGAAUGUACGGGGCCGAGGAAAGCCACAAUUUCCAGGAUCACACCCUGUUUCUCUUAGCAGGGACAACUUACAGCUCUUGAGGCAACGUUACUAUUAUGCCACAUGGAAAGCCGAUGGAACACGCUAUAUGAUGUUAAUAACUUGGAAUGGAUGUUAUCUUAUUGAUAGAAAUUUCCAAUUUCGAAGCGUUGAGUUGCGGUUUCCAUGUAGAAGUGUUAGUGAGAGUGCAGCCAUAAACACUCAUCACUACACCUUACUUGAUGGCGAAAUGAUAAUUGAUACGGACCCGAGCACACACAAGCAGGAAAGGAGAUAUCUCAUAUAUGAUCUGAUAGCAAUCAACAAAGUAUCACUCAUAGAGCGUCCUUUUAGCGAAAGGUGGAUGAUACUCGAGAAUGAAGUUAUUAAACCUCGAAAUAGCGAGCGAGAUCGUUUGUUCAAGAGUAGAAAUCCGUACUACAGAUAUGACUUGGAACCAUUCAGGGUGAGAAGGAAAGACUUUUACCUACUUUCGGCUGUAUCUAAGCUUCUAAAGGAGUUCAUUCCACGCCUAUCACAUGCAUCGGAUGGUCUCAUUUUUCAGGGUUGGGACGAUCCAUAUGUGCCUCGCACACAUGAAGGUCUAUUGAAGUGGAAGUAUCCAGAAAUGAACUCGGUUGAUUUUCUCUUCGAGGUGGGAAACAAUAAUCGUCAUAUGCUUUGCUUGAACGAGCGUGGGAGAAGGAAAACGAUGGAUGGAAAUCGUGUUGUUUUUAGAGAUCCAUCAAUAGAUGUAUUUUCGUUAUCCGGGAAGAUAAUAGAGUGUUCAUGGGAUUCCGAGGAAGACGUUUGGGUCUUUAUGCGAAUGCGGCCCGACAAAUCGACACCGAACGAAUUUAUAACCUUCAAGAAGGUUAUGAGGAGCAUCAAGGAUAACAUCACAGAAGAGGUCGUAUUAAAUGAGAUCAACGAUAUUAUCCGUCUCCCCAUGUAUGCCGACAGAAUAAAAACCGAUUGCCGAACCUUCGAGAAAAACGGUAGACGCAAAUAAUAAACCCAUAUCCCGAUCACAAGAGUAACCCACCAUAACAGGUGUUCAAGAAUCGGCGUUUGAAACUUUAAUGAAUUCGAAAGAAAUUGUAUACAUACAACGAGACGACUCUGACAUCGAAUUUGAUCAGUUUAGCAGAAUUGUGUACAAUAGGUAGGAGCUCUGGCGGCAUAUGACUAUCCGACCACCACGGCCCAUCAUUUCGAUACCGAUCAAUUGGUUUUUGGAGUAGCUAUAGGUUUAGAAGGUAUUAUAGUUCUAAAGAGGUUGGAAUUUUGGACCAACUUAUAGAGAUAAUAGCAUGUAUUAGAUAAAAUGUGUUAUGAGACCAGAUGUAUUUCUAUAAACUCAAAACAAUUAUGUUGCAAAUCAAACAGACAUAUUUCAAUUCAUUAGACAGAUUAUAUUUCAUUCUUGCCAACCAAACACUUGAUAACAUUUCAUCCCGAUUCUUUUCUGAUUUCAAUUCAUUUGACAGAUUUCAUUUCUUCAGAAAUCAUUCUGCUAACCAAACGCCCCCGUAGAGUGUUUUGAUUUGUGUGAAUGCACCCCGAACUCAAAACAACUAUUUAUAUCGAAAAAAAUUGGGAAAAUGGUCCAAAAAAGCAGAUGUAACCGCUAAAUACUGUAGAUUGGUUUUCAAUUUGGACAAUACAUUUUCUCCCAUAAACUACGAUUUUCGUUCUUGUGGGUUGUUAAGAUUUAUGCUUUUUGUUCAUGUGUUUUUGAAAUUAUGGUUUUCAUUUUGUAGUUAGCAAUUUAUUGAUGUUCUCGUCCUUUAUCUAUAUAAGUUGGCCCAAAACUAUAGUGUGUAUUGAUUUG